GCGAACAAGGACUCCCAACGCUAUCACUGGCAUUCCACGGCAGCCUGUCGUUUUCGCGUUCGCAUUAGCCUUGUCCCGGAAACCCUGGUUACGUGGUCCUCGUCCAAACAAGGAAGGAUGCCCGGUACCGCUACAGUGCCUGCUCUGUUGGCGUACUCGUCAUGCUGCGCAUUCAUGGGCGCAGCUGGGGUCUUCACAUUCAGUGCGCAUCCUGGAGGCAUUGAAGCAGGGCCCUUGGCGUAUACGCUAUGGUUCAACAAGAUGUUUCCCAAGGUGGCCGCCCUCCAGGCGGCGAUGGCCGUUGUCAGUACCGGCGGCGCGGUGACGCAGGCGCUGCGCGGCGGAGGCGGGGGCGGCGGCGGCGGCGGGCAGCGCGGUCUGUGGCUGACGGGUGCAGGCCUGAUGGCGUUCAUGCUGCCCUGGACCUUGCGCGCCAUCAUGCCCAUCAACCGCGCCAUCAUGGCCGCGGCGGAGCAGGGGCGCGCGGCGCCGCUGGAGACGCUCAAGGCCUGGGGCCCCGUGCACAACGUCCGCACAGCGGUGGCGGCGGUCGCGGCCGCCAUCAUGAGCUAUGCGCUGUACACCAUGUGACUUGGUUGGCUUCUGUUUGCAAGUGGGGCUGCAACAAGUCAAGGUGCUAGCUGCGAAUUGACCUAGACAGACGUCCGAAUGGAUUACAAGUUCACUGCCCGCGUUCAUAUUGCUGUCAUGUGUCCGAUGGAACGGGGGUUUCUGUGUUGUAGCCUAAGUGCGUUACGUUUCCUUAUGGCGGAGGUAUAGAGACAUGCGGGUUGGGGCAUGGCAAGGGGAGAGGACGACAUCGCGCCGGCUAGAGGCGGAGAGGGCACGGAAGACGGGCAGUCGUGCGACGGUUUGCAUCGCGGGCACAAUUGUUACUGCGGCGUAACCCAACAAAGUGCUAGAAACAAUCAUUCUGAACAAAUGGGUAUGACGAAGCGCUGCUGGCGGGCGCGACUGCGCUGCGAGCGAACUUCUUUGAGCGCUUGCACUUCAUGGGCUACCUCAGCGCACUACCCCCUACCUUACAAGCCAUUUGAGUAACACUGCAAAA